UCUCUCUCGCUCGCUCUCUCUCUCUCUCUCUCUCAAUUCAUUCAAUCGAUUAGACCUCUGUUGAAUCUGAAGCUUCCACGGCCCGAAUCCCCAAAUCUCGUGUCUUGGUUUGAUAAUUCUCGAAGAUCAGUUGAUUUUGGUUCAUAUCAAAUCCAUACAAAUAUGGGUUUAGAUCGGAAUUUUUGAACUAUCAAGUUUGAAGGAUUGGAUUCCUCAGUUUUGUGGAAUUGGGAAAGUUGGGUUCUUUUUGAAAAGGGAUUUCAAGUCAUGUUCUAUGGUUCGGUGGUGUGGGAUCCAUGGCUCAUUGUUGCCCAAAUUGUUUGCCUUCAAUGCUUAUACUAUCUAACACUUGGAUUUCUUUUGGGAAUUCUUGUUGGGACUCGCGUUUCUCGACUGAGUCUUGUGUAUUUCUUUGAUUAUGCUACUGUUUCUGCUUCCACUGUUACUGGUUGGUGUGUUAUUGCUUCAAUUCUACUCAGCUCGCUUGCCGGAUCUGUUUAUAUGCUUCAUUUGAUUGAGAGGGCAAAGAAAUGCUUAGAUUUUUCAGCCACCCUCUAUAUCAUCCAUCUCUUUAUAUGCAUCGUAAAUGGAGGUUGGCCAUCAUCAAUUACAUGGUGGGUUGUGAAUGGUACUGGACUUGCAGUGAUGGCAUUAUUAGGUGAAUACCUGUGCAUAAGACGUGAGCUGCGAGAAAUACCCAUAACGAGAUAUCGUUCAAUUGUUUAACUGACCAGGGAAACUCAACGGGCAAGAACAAUCAAUGCAAGCUCAUAAUUGCUGCUUUUUCUUUGCUUUGGAGAAAUUCCUGGAUAAAGCUCAACAGAUCCCAAAUUCAAUCUUUUAUUAGAGUAUUACUUGAAGCCUUCUAGAUAGAAUGAAUUUUCUCUGCCGGUGGCAAUGGCAGGUCAUAACAAUAAGUGCUGACACAUGCAGUCAGAGGAGUAGAACUAGGUAAGGUAUCAAUUGCUUUUGCAUGUAUAAUUUGGAUAGCUUUGAAAGAGUUUGUGUUUUGUUGUGCUGAUGUGGAUAUGUCCAAUGCUUUUGGUUUGGCCUUAUAUUCUUUAAAAUCACUUUGUUGAGCACUCAGAUCUGCAUAUCAAAAUGGCAAUCUUCUUGUUGUAUAUGGCCA